AUGGCGCAGCCGUUUCAAGUGAGCAUUGACGUAGCCCAUCCAGGUACGACGCAGGAGGAGUGGUACGACUUGCGUGGCGAUGGCUCGACGCAGUAUUAUUUGAAGCACUGGUACCCCACAGAUCCAUCUACGAAGGAGGUGGCGCAGCCGAAGGCUGCGGUGGUAUUUGUGCAUGGCUUUGCCGACUAUUGCGAUCGGUACACGGGUGUCUUUCGCGUGUUUCCUGAUCGAGGUAUCCAGGUAUCUGGCUUUGACCAGCUGGGCUUUGGUCGAACCUGGCACGAGUCGCCGAACCGUGCGACGACGCAUGGCUGGACGUCGUGGCCGGAUCAGUUCAGGGAUGUCUCGUGUAUGCUGAGAUUGACGCGUGCGCGACUGGACGAGCGGUGGGGAAAAGACACGGUCCCGCUGUACUUGAUGGGUCACAGUAUGGGGGGCGGCAUCACAGCGGCCUUUUUCACGCGCGAUCCUGCGUCGCCUCCUGAGGAAGAGGUGAAGCAGCUGGUCUCGGGCGCGAUUCUCAUGUCGCCCUGGCUGGAUAUCCACUUCCCCAUCCCGACGGCGGUGGGUAUCCCUGUCAUGCGGAGCGUCCUGCGAUGGUUCCCGACGAUCAAGCUGCCUCUCGGUCCGCCGUCCAAGGAUCUAUGUCGAGAGAGUGCCGUCGUGCAAGAUGCGCGUGUGAAUCCGCUGUCGAGCUGCUAUGUCCACGUGCGAUGCUUGUAUGGUCCAUUGAGUGGAGGUCCCCAGAUUGUGGCGGAGGACUAUCGGCGGUGGCCAGAGCGCCUGCCCCUGCUGAUUUGUCAUGGCACGGGUGAUAAAGUCACGCGCUGGGACUGUAGCAAGAAGCUGUAUGACCAUUUGAAGGGGCUAGGCCGGUCUGUGCAGCUCGUGUCGUUUACGGGCUUUUAUCAUGAGGCCAUUUUUGAGCCGGGCCAGGACAAGGUCCUGUUCGCUCAGACCCUCGUGGACUGGGUGGAGAAGCAGGUGGAGGCCCGCGGGCGGCCCUUGCCGCCAGCGAACGAGCGUAGUGUGCCGUAG